GUCACCAAAUCCUUGAAUCGGGCAUCGCUGCUUUCCUCCCGCAAAAGCCGUCUCUUUGAACCCAACGGUCCUCUUUAUCAAGAGCAAGGGAGGUCUCGUCCUCCUCCGUCUCGCCCUGCCUAAGGCUUCGUGCUUUCUUUCUCCGAGCGGCUCUCUGCCUCUUUUCACGCCAUGUCGUACAGGAGUCGCUUCUUUCUCCUCGUGAUCUCUCCUCUCUUUCUCAUCCUCCCUUUCGCUGAGUCGCAGUCGUUCGUCGGGGUGAACUAUGGGGAGGUGGCGGACAAUCUCCCCCCGCCGGAGGCGACGGCGCGUCUCCUCAAGUCGACCACUAUCUCCAAGAUCCGCCUAUACGGCACCGACCCCCCCAUUCUCCGCGCCCUCGCCGGCACCAACAUCUCCGUCAUAAUCGGCGCCGCCGACGGCGACAUCCCCUCCCUCGCCUCCGACCCCUCCGCCGCCCGCCGCUGGGUCUCUGCUAACGUCCUUCCUUUCCUCCCCGCCACCGCCAUCUCCAUUGUGUCCGUCGGCAACGAGGUCCUCGCCCCCGGCGACGCAUCCCUUGGCCCACAGCUGCUCCCCGCCAUGCGGAACCUCCACUCCGCGCUCUCCGAGGCCGCACCCUCCGCAGGAAUCAAGGUCUCUACCGUGCACUCCAUGGCCGUCCUGGCCAGCUCCGAGCCCCCCUCCGCGGGUGCCUUCCGCGCCGACCUCACCUCAAACCUCGCCGGCGUCCUCGGUUUCCUUCGAGAGACUGGCGCGCCGUUCAUGAUCAACCCGUACCCGUACUUCGCGUACCAGAGCGACCCGCGGCCGGAGACCCUCGCCUUCUGCCUCUUCCGGCCCAACCCGGGACGGUUCGACGCCGGAUCUAAACUCACCUACACCAACAUGUUCGACGCGCAGCUCGACGCCGUGAAGUCCGCCUUGACGGCGGCCGGGUUCUCGGAGGCCGAGGUCGUGGUGGCAGAGACAGGGUGGCCGUACCGCGGCGACCAGGACGAACCCGGCGCCACCGUGGAUAACGCCAAGGCUUUCAACGUCAACCUGGUGGCGCAUCUGCGGUCCAUGGCCGGGACGCCCCUCAUGCCCGGGCGAUCCGUCGACACGUACAUCUUCGCCCUCUACGACGAGGACCUGAAGCCCGGCCCCACCUCGGAGCGAUCCUUCGGCCUCUUUCGAGCCGACCUCUCUCCGGUCUACGACGCCGGCCUCGCCAAGACCGGAACCACCCAGGGGAACUCGACGGGAACACCGGCGCGGAAGCCGGCGACGGCAGGAUGGUGCGUGCCGAAGGCGGAGGCCACAGACGAGGACCUGCAGGCGAACUUGGACUACGCGUGCGCGCAGCAGGGAGUAGACUGCCGUCCGAUCCAAGAGGGAGGGGCGUGCUACCUCCCCAACACCGUCCGAUCGCACGCGGCCUACGCCAUGAACCAGCUGUACCAGAACACCGGCCGGCACGGCUGGGACUGCGACUUCCGGAAGACCGCCGUCCUCACCAGGGACAAUCCCAGCUAUGCAACGUGCGUCUACUCUGGAGCAGGAAGUUGAUGGAGGUAAGAGUAGCCGAAAGAAGCGUGUUUUCUUCUGCUGUAAAGAAGAACAAAAGGUAGUGGAAGGACGGCAAAUAAACCAAGAAAGGGAGAAUGAGUACAGCUCCCAUCAGAGGGGGGGGGGAGGUUCAAAUAAUUGAAGCUUUUGGGCGUGUAUGUGUGUGUGUGUGUGUGUGUGUGUGUCAUCUUUAGAAUUGAAAGGUUUAGUAACUUUUAUGCAGUAUAGAUUAACAUGUAGACACAAAAGAAACAAGUGAGCAUGUUGCAUGUGGUUAUGGCUUUUACAAGCUGCUUACGAUCAAAUACCAACCAUUUCAAUGUUA